GGUACUCCAAAAUACACAGCUGCACAGAACAUAUAUACACACUAAAUUAAGUCUAUUUAUAACACAUCUGUAACUUUUCUUUGACUUGAAGUAAACAACAACUCGGCAAACUGGUUUUAUUAAGUUCUAUGUGUUUUAAUUGGAAUCAGAAAAAAUGGAACGCCUAGGUAUUUUUUCUUUUUUUGAAGUGGACUUGUAUCAUGUACAAUAUAUAUAUUAAUAAAUAGAUUAAUUAAACCAGUUCGCAAAUGUUGUUUGCUAAUAUAUAGUACAUUAUGAUACAUUCAAGUUCAACUUGCAUGAUGCCUGUACAUUGUACAGUGUCUAUUUGCUACUUGCAUCAUACUGCUGCUGCUAGAUCUCACGCUCACGGCGAGGCAGGCGGCCCGUGUCUGGCUGGCAGUACCGCGUAAUUUCUAAAGAUAAAAGCGAAAACAGAACAGAAUCUAGGUUAAAGAAGCAGGGAGCAGGCGGGAUGAGAGCAGCAGCAGCAGCAGACAGUUCCAGCGCAUUGUUAUGUAAGACCUUGCCAAAGGGUGCAGCAAGGUGCUCAGAAACACAUUGGAUUUUCGCAGAGGGUCUAAGCUGCGUUUCAGACCCUGUGUUCUUUGCAGUCAGGCUUAUAUUUGUUGCAGUUCAACCUUUGUUCUUUUAUGCCAAGGAGAAACUGCACAUAUUUCUCAGCACCUGUUCAUUCUCAGAUACCAAAGGUGAAAAGCACAUAGACAAGGUUAAGGAAUGAUGAAUCAUUCUCAUCAUGCCAUACGUUUGCAGCUGCUAGAGCAGCCAAAGUGAUUACAUCAUCUUUCUGUCAUCCUGGAGGUACAGAUUUCAUUAUGUGGUAAAGGCUGCCACGUAUAUAGGCAACAGAAAAAAAUUAGGAAAUGGUCACUUUUUGUGUCUCUGAAGCACUGGUUUAAAAAUUAUAUCUGAGUACAAACUGGCUAAAAUUUGUUGUGGUUCUUACAGCAGUUGGCAUACUUAUUUAAGUUUUUUUUUUUAAAUAUAACUAGCCAAAAUCAACACACACAUUUGGAAAGUCCUUGGCAUAUAUUUUUAUGGACUCUUUAGAAAAGUGAAAUGCUAAGUUAAACUUUUAGUAAGGUAUGUGAUGUUUCAAAUCCUUCCACAAAAUGGCUGACACAGAGAUGUCAUAUUCUGCUGAGCACAUCCAACGCUUGCUGCAAUGUUCAGUUUGCCUGGAUCGUUUUAAACAGCCCAAACUUCUGCCAUGUCAACACACCUUUUGCCUCAGUCCAUGUCUAGAAGGUCUUGUAGAUCGCCUGACUAGAAUAGUCCGGUGCCCAGAAUGUCGAGCUGACCAUGUUGUACCCCGUGGUGGUCCAUCAUAUUUUCCCAACAAUCUCACAAUCAUCAGUUUCUUGGAAUUACCACCAUUGCAAGGUGAGCGAAACGAACCUGCACCACCACGGAAUGUGCCUCAAGGAGCUCCUGUUUCAUCUCCUCGCCUUGCUGCUGGUGGAAUUCUUGGUACCUCAAGAUCUGUUUUAGGAAGGAUUGCAUUUGAUAUGGCUGGUAGUGCUGUUGGUGGUGGUUGUAAUGUUUGCCACUCUGAUGGCCGCAUCAUGAGGUGUGGUCACUGUGACUUGCUAGUAUGCGAAGGGUGCAAGCGUGGUCACAUGGAUCAAGUCCGAGGAGAUGUGAACCGUCUGGUGAGUCAGGUUCGUCGCCAGCUUCCACAGAUAACGGAGCAGAUCAACAUGAUCAGCAGAAAAGAAACUCAACUUCAGGCCAGAUGUGAAAUUGUGAAAAAUGAGAUUUCAGAGGCAAUUGAAAGACAUGUAAGAGAGUUAACCUCCAGGGAGAGAAUAAUGCGAGAGGAUGUGGACACUUUCCUUCUUGGAGAGCUUCGUAAUCUUCGUACACACCAAGAAAACCUAGAAGUGGAGUUGGCUAGCAUGGCAAGCUUUUGUGAUACAACUGAAUCCAUAUUGAGCCGUGACCGACACCUCACAGAUGGUGAUUUAGUAGAGCUGAAAAGGCAGUGUGUAGAACACAUAGAAAUAUUAAGAGAUUACGAAAAUGGAACUUUAAGACCUCCACUUCCGCGAAAUAUUCAACUUUCUUCUGAAAGCCAGUUUCUUUCCACAACAAUAGGAAACUUUGGAGACCUUAUCAUUACAUCUGGUACUGGUGCUGUUCGAGCACUAGAUCAAACAAGGAAUGCAGAAACUUCAGAAGGAAACAGUAGAUCUGAGAGAAGAACAACCCUCAGACCACCAGAGACAGCCACAGAUUAUGUGUUGUCAGUGCUUAAUCCCAGAGCCUCAUCAUUAUCCCCAGCUGUCACUCGCAGGCAUAGAUCUCCUGGUAGAAGUACACAAAGUGCAGUACAAACACCUGCUCGUUCUGCUCAGAUUCUUUCCAACGAUGACCUUUAUGAGGAGGAAGAUGAUGUUCCUCCACCUCCAUCCCAUCUACGCAGAAGGCCUCGCAGAGAGCACCAUUCUGACACUCGUAUUGCUGGAUUAAUGAACGGAGAUGGAGAGCAUUCCUUGAGCCAACUGCAGCAAAGUCGCGCUCGUCAUCUAAGCCUUGGUGCAUUGCCUCCAUCGAGCGAGACUUCCGAACAAACCGAGUCGUCAGUGGAGAGAGAGUCACCUGAAAGAAUUGCUCCUGCUAGACAGAGGUCUGCAGCAGCCCAGAAUUCAGACAACAUGGUUCCUGUAGGAAUUGGCAUGGCUCCCUCUUUGACAUAUCCACCUCGCCAUUCAGUUCGGCAACCUCUUCGCUUUGACAUCUCGCUCAAUUCAUUGGAGCCGGAUUCAGCUGAUGAGCAUUCCAGCGGCAGUGAGGCAGGCUUGCACACUUUCAUGCGCUCUACCAAUAGCCCUAGCAUAUAUGUAACCACACCACGCAACAAAUACAACCAGAAAGGCCAAGCCAUGAUUCGCUUUGGUGAACGAGGCAAUGCAGAACGUCAAUUUACAUGGCCUAGAGGAGUAGCAGUCUCUCCACUUGAUGAUAAUGUUUACGUUGCAGACAGCAGCAAUCAUCGUGUUCAAAUCUUUGAUAACACAGGAUGUUACAUUAGAAGCUUUGGUAGAUAUGGCCAAGGUGAAGGAGAGUUUGACUGUCUUGCAGGCAUUACUGUCAAUGGACUUGGCCAGGUCAUCAUAGCAGAUCGCUACAAUCACCGCAUUCAAAUUUUUGACAGAAAUGGCAGCUUCCAGAGUGCUUUUGGUUCAGAAGGCAUAAAUGAUGGCCAGUUAAACUAUCCAUGGGGAAUAGCCUGUGAUAACAUGGGUUUUAUCUAUGUCUGUGAUAAGGAAAAUCACCGUGUUCAGGUCUUUCAAUCUAAUGGAUCAUUUGUCAGGAAAUUUGGACGCCUAGGAAAUGGCACUGGUCAUUUUGAUAACCCUCAUUAUGUGGCAGUCAGCCCUGACAACAAAGUCUAUGUCAGUGAUAGCAGUAACCACAGAAUCCAAGUCUUCAGUAUUUAUGGUGACUUCCUUUUCUCUUUUGGCACCUCGGGCACUCUUAGAGGACAGAUGAAGUUUCCUCGAGGUAUAGCCAUUGAUAAUCAAGGCUUUGUUGUUGUUGCUGAUAGUGGAAAUAAUCGAGUUCAAAUCUUUCGUGCCGAUGGACGAUAUUACUCCAUGUUUGGAGGUUGGGGUAGUGAGAAUGGACAGUUCAAAGGGCUGGAAGGUAUUGCCAUUCUUGCUAAUGGUAAUGUUGUGGUAAGUGACAGGGAAAACCACAGAAUUCAGAUCUUUUGAUACAGUGCUGUAAAAUAGUUUAGCAUGCUGUGAUAAUAAUAAUUUGCCAGUGGGCAGUCGUUUUGAGCUUAUACAGGUAUUUUAAAUAAAACUGGUUUUGUUCAGCAUUUUAAGAAAUGUGGUUCAGAGUGUCCAUCCUAUACAAGUAGAUGAUCUCCAGUUGUCUGGUUUUGAGCAAAUGUUUCUUGUGGCUGUGUGUGACAGUAGGGUUCCUGAUUUGGUCAAACACCCUCAAAAACUGAUAUAGGUUAUGUUUACUUUUGCAUUUUAUUUCAUCGGAAAAGUAAUUUUAAAGAUUUUCAAACCCUUUGCCCAAUUUAUAUUGAUCAUGGUUGUAAACUGUGUAAACAUAUUUGUUAAGGCUAACCUUAGUACAAAAUUGUUUUCAAACAACUGGAUCUAACUCACAAGAUAUGAAUUUCCUGAAUAUGAGCCAACAACUGUUCUGUUCAUGGAAAACAUACCUGAUAGUGUUACAGUUCUCACUUGUAUUUUGGAAAGAGGGCAAAACCUCAUUUCACAAAAAUAAGAAUUGUAGAUUCACGGUCAAAGCAACAACACCUCAUUUAGCAACUGUUUUAAGUUCUUGAACUGGGUGUCAAAAAUUGGAAUUUAGGUCAAUCCAUUUGUGCUUCUGCACAAAACACACAUGCACAUGUGCAUGCAUCUAAAAUCAUAAUACCUUUGUUUUAAACUUACGACUGCUAUGUGUUUUAUUACCCUGGCAGUUUAAUUUCAUGUUUGAUUUAGGUUAACGUUUAAAUGAUAUUUGUGUGAAAUCAUGCUUCAUACUGUUUAAUAGAAGUACGUGUAAAUGUCCAUUAACGUGACUUUUCACUCAGGAUUUAAUUUUUAAAAUGUUGACUUUUUUCUAAGAAACAAUUAUAAGGUAUUUGUUUUGUGGGAAAGUGUUUGCCAUAUUCAAAUAUUUUAACUGAUACAUUUUUAAACAGUAUUGUUUAAAUCAUUUUGAAACUGAAGAGUCUAAAUUCAAAAAUGUAAUUUCUUUUGUAUUCCUGUAUUUUCUAAUGUGAAUGGAUUGUCCUUAAACAAAUCUUCAUUUUGUGCAAAAAAUAUAUGCUUCCUUAACAUUAUAUCAUGGAUAAAUGUGUAAUAAAGGCUGCUGUUGCAACAGCAAAUAGUAAUGUAAUGUCGGUAUUGAUUACUGUUUUAUUUACCACUAGUAUUACUUCUGCCAUGUUUGUUCAGUGUUGACUAUCUCUGGUGCUGCCAUCUGUGAAACACUAAACAGAAUGUGUUGUUGGAAUUGACCACUGGAGAAUACAAAAAUAGAAAGUUUGUUCCUGAAGGAAUGUGUGUUAUUGUUGCUAGAGGUUAUACACUUUUUUCUAGAUCUGCCAAAAGCA